AUGAGCGAGAAGUGCCAAAUAAUGUGGGAAAAAUUAUUCUUGUUGACAGUCAUCAUAUUGAUGAUAUCUCCAUCACAAUCAGCUAUUGUAGAAUGUAAUUGGAGCACUUGGAGUCCAGAUGUGACAUAUUGUAUGCCGUACAACAUAACUCCACUCUCUCAACCAAAUGAAGCCAUUACAAUUAACGGAAAGCCGUCUAAUUAUAUCGAUCCAAAUGUGACAGCUUUAUGGUUUUCCGAUCAAGUUUUUAACUACAUGCCAUCAGGAUUAUUCAUACUUUUUCCAUCUUUAAGUUUAGUUAACUUUGAAAGAUGUAAAAUAACAAGUUUAACUACUGAUUCUAUCCCAAGUUGCGGAAUGCUUAAUUCGUUUGGAAUUCGCGGAGAAACAUUUCCUCAUAUUCCUGCGGGUUUAUUUCAAUCAUGCAAAAGCAUUACAUUCUUGAACAUGGCAAAUAAUAAUAUCACAACACUUGAUGUGGAUGCAUUUAGAGGCUUAACAAACAUAACUAUGUUGGACUUAUCUUACAACAAAAUUGCUUGCGUUCCACCUGGAUUGUUUCAGCAUAAUCCAAUUCUAAGCUCUAUUUACUUAUACCAGAAUCUAAUUUCAGCUAUUGAUAGCAAUCUUUUUGCAAACCUUCCGAAUUUAAAUGGAAUUAUGUUAGGCAAUAAUUUGAUAUCUUUUAUUCCAAAAAUGAAUUUAACUGGUUCGAAUAGUACAUGGUUAUCAAUCGGUUUUGAUUCAAAUCCAAUUUACGCGAUUACACCAGAUUUUUGUUCAAUUUUUGAAGUCAGACCAGAAAAUCACAUUUAUAUUUACAUUUUUAAUACCUCAUGUAAUCCAAGUGAUCCUAACAACAUGAUGUCUAGCAUUUCUUCAUCAACAUGUCAAAAUUAUACAGCUCAGUUACAAAAUUGUUACGCAAACUGGACAUCAUCAAUGGCAAAUGCUCCUGUAUCUUGUGCAGUUCUACCACCAACCACUUUGGCUCCUCCAACAACAGCAGUCAUACCAACACCAUCACCAACACCAGGCUCCUGCCCAUCUGAUAAAAUCUGCCGUUACUUCCUCGACCAAUAUAAUCGUUACACAUGCAUCCUUGAUGGAGUUGAUUCAGUUCUGACAUCAAUCAGUGGAAAUCAUUUAAUCACAUUUUCUGAUCCGAAUGUUCGUCGUGUCAUCUUCACCAACUCAUUCCUCUCAAGAAUUCCACCAAUUCUAUUCCAAAAGUUCCCAAGUCUUGAAUAUCUUACAGUCUCAAACUGCUCGAUGAGUGCAAUCAACACAAACACAUUUUCAGCAUGUGGAACUUUAAAAUAUUUUGAUGCCAGCAGCAAUUUCAUUACAACAGUUGAUGGAGCUUCUUUCAAGAGCUGUGCUGCAUUGGAAGUGAUUGACUUGACUGGAAAUAAUUUUGAUAUGAUCAGUGGACAGCUUUUUGUCAAUAAUCCAAUGUUAAAAGCUGUUUAUAUUAAUCGACCACCUGCAAUGGUCUUGGUUUGAGGAUGCUCAGUGCAUUUAAAUUGUCGAAUAUUUUGAAAAUUGUUAUA